AGAUUCCGUUGUGAGUGACCGAGCUCCUGUUGUUCGAGCGAUUAGCGAACUUCCCACGGAAAACUCCGUCGCGUUUUACGACGGUUCCCUGCACCGCGGCCGCGCGCUCGCCCGUGCGUAAUUCUCGACAGGUAGGGGCGGACAGAGAGCGGCGGUGAGAAAUUCGGUGGGACAAAAAGGGGGGACGAGGGUGCCCGGAGUCGAACAGAUAGAUCUCGCGGAGCAGGAGGCGGGAGAAGCGCGGGCGAGAGAGAGCGGGCAACCGACCCACGGCCGGAAAGGGCGCACGAUGAAAACGUACAGCAGGAAAAAGGGCGACAGCCCGAGCAACGUGAUCAUCCACAUGAACGAGCUGUGCCGGCUGUGCCUGGCGAAGGAGGAGGAGAUGGUGCCGAUCUACGACGACGAGACCGUGCCGAUGCCGCUGCGGAUACUCUCCUGCGUCAACAUCGAGGUUUUCGAGCAGGAUGGCCUGCCCAAUAUGAUAUGUCAUCCCUGCAAGUAUCAGUUGGAGAAGUCCUAUCAGUUCAGGAAAAAAUGCCAGGCCGCGGACGCCAAGCUGAGAAAGCAUAUGAAGUUGAUACAGCAGUUGACUGGGCAGGACGAAGAGGGCGAGAGCCAGGAUAGCGGUAGGGACGAGUCCAAGGAGUCCAGCACGGGGAAGUCCAAGCAGGUUAAGCAGCUGCUAGCCGAUCUAGUUUCGACCAAGGGUGAAAGUCAGACGGAUGGUGAUCCCAUCGAGGUGACGGAGGAGGAACUCGUCGGUGGCUAUAUUCUGGGAAUGAAUUCCGAAAAUCCAGAGAUGGAGGAGAGCAUCUCGGAGGAUCCGGAGAACAUCACGCUGGUACCUGCGGAGGAGCGAACGGCGAAGGCACGAUGCACGAUAAGGACGACGCGUAUCAAGCAGGAGCAGGAGUCCGACGACGAGGGGGAAGAGAUACAGAGAGCGAACGUCGAUCACAAGAACGUUUACAUGAUGGAGGUCACCAGCAACAGUGCCGAUCAGCCAGAUUCGUUGAAGUUACAGCCCAUGGGUGACACGAUAGUCGACGCCAACCCGGAGCUGAAGGUGUUCAAGUGCGACAAGUGCCCGAAGGCGUUCACCCGGAGAAUAAUGCUGAAGAGCCAUCAGUCGGUGCAUUCCACGCAGAGGGGAUUCACGUGUCAGGCGUGCGAAAAGUGGUUCCCGACGAGAUCCGCGUUAGUGAGACACGAGCGCACACAUACAGGCGAGAAACCGUUCGGUUGCAACAUCUGCCACCGUGCUUUCGCGCAGAAGGAAAUCUUGUUCCGUCACUUGAUGACACACUCCGGCCAAAAACCGUUCCAGUGUCAGCACUGCGAGAAGAGCUUCACGCAGCGAGAGGCGCUUAAGGUUCACAUGCGCCGGCAUCAGAAAUUAAAUCCGAACGAUAUUCAGCUGCAUCAUUGUCAACUCUGUCCGAAGGCGUUCUGCCACGCGUCAGGUCUCAGCAGGCACUUGGUUACGCACACCGGUAGAACGUACAAGUGCGUCGAGUGCGAGAAGACCUUUACGGAUAAGAGCUCGCUGCUGAGACACAGUCGUAUCCAUGCGCCCAAGAAAAUCAUAGCAAAUUGAGCAGCCUUGCUCAGUUUGUUGUGAUUUUCCUGAGAUGUCUGGUACGAGAGAGAGAGAGAGAGAGAAGUCCUUUCGAACGUCUACGUCGGAGCUAGAAUGCAGUGAAUAUUGUCGAUAUUAAUGAGAAAAAUCUUCAAUCUAGGUUUUCGAAGAGUUCACAUAUGGUUAUUUCAUUGGGCUUAUAAUUAGUUGUGUCCUUACAUGUAUCUAUUUAAUGUUAAGGAACAUUAAACAUAUUUAUUUUAGUCACCCUUGUAUAAAUAUUAAAUUGUAUAACUGGAAUUUUUCCAAACAAUGCACUCGUACGUUUGUACGAGAUUAAAUUAAAAAUGCAAAAUUGUAAGUAAAUGUAAAAAUAAAAAAUAUAUUUAAAGUUUAGAGUUUUUAAUAAAAUUUUGAAAACGCAAAAGUUGUACUUAAAUGUGAUACAUAAAAAUCAAUAUGUAUAAAUGAAUGUUCAGUAUCUCGCGAUUGCUUCAUCGUAACUUAUACAAGAGUGAUUGAAAUAAACUUAACAUUACUCUUAGAUUCCGAACAUUUUUUUUUUAUUGAUAAAAGUUUCUUUUUCUUUGUAUGAUGAUUGAAUUGUAGCGUGUAAUUGAUUGCAACUUUUACUAAGUGCAAUUUGAUUUAAGCAUUUGCGACGUAUUAAAAAUGUCACAUAGCUGAAUGUAGAAUAAUAACAACCAACAUUGAAUCCAUUAUAAUUUAGCUUUCCCAUUAAAGGCAGCAAUGAUUAUAUUCUUAUAUAUAAUUUUUAUAUUCGAAAUAUAUGGAUUAUGUAUCAUGUACUCUUUGCAAUGUAGAUUUAUGAUAACUAUUCAUAAAUUGAUAAAUUGAUGUAUAUAGUUCUAAAUAUAAAGCGGUAUUAAUGGA